AUGGCCGAGUUCCCAACAAAGAAGUGCGGCGUCCUUGGAUGCACAGGCUCCGUCGGACAGCGUUUUAUUCUGCUGCUCAGCCAGCUGUCCCACCUCCAGCUCGUCGCCGUUGGCGCCUCCUCGCGCUCCGCCGGCAAGAAGUACCGCGACGCCGCGAAAUGGAAGCAGGCCACCCCCAUGGGCGCCGUCGGCGACCUCGUCGUGCGCGAGUGCAAGGCCUCUGAGUUUGCCGACUGCGACGUCGUCUUCAGCGGUCUCGACUCGGAUGUCGCUGGCGACAUUGAGACCGAGUUCCUCAAGGCCAACAUUCCCGUCUUCUCCAACGCCAAGAACCACCGCCGCGAUCCCAUCGUGCCCCUCGUCGUGCCGACCGUCAACCUCUCCCACCUUGACCUCAUCCCCCACCAGCGCAAACACCACGGCCUCGACAAGGGCUUCCUCGUCUGCAACUCCAACUGCGCCGUCAUCGGCCUCGUCAUCCCCUUCGCCGCCCUGCAGGCCCGCUUCGGCCCCGUUGACCAGGUCUCCGUCGUGACCCUCCAGGCCGUCUCCGGCGCCGGCUACCCGGGCGUGUCCUCGCUCGACAUUCUCGACAACGUCGUCCCCUACAUCCCCGGCGAGGAGGACAAGCUCGAGACGGAGGCCCAGAAGAUCCUCGGCACCCUCGCCGCCGACGGCACCGCCGUCCACGAGCAGUCGGCCCUCCGCGUCAGCGCCACCUGCACCCGCGUCCCCGUCCUCGACGGCCACACAGCCUGCGUCUCCCUGCGCUUCGCCCGCCGCCCGCCCCCCUCGGCCGACGACGUCAAGCACGCCCUGCGCUCCUACGUCAGCGAGGCCCAGACCCUCGGCUGCCCCAGCGCCCCGCAGCCCGCCAUCGAGGUCUUUGACGCCCCCGACAGGCCCCAGCCCCGCCUCGACCGCGAGCUCGGCAGGGGUUACACCGUCAGCGUCGGCCGCGUGCGCGAGGACGAGAGCGGCAUCUUUGACGUCAAGUUUGUCGCCCUGAGCCACAACACCGUCAUUGGCGCCGCCGGCUCCAGCAUCCUCAACGCCGAGGCCGCCGUGCUCAAGGGUUACAUCUGA